ACCAGAAAAUACAGCAAGUAGCAACAAGAAGACAUCAUCUGAAAAUGGCCGGGGUUCAGAUUCCGCGAGUGAAACUCGGAACUCAGGGUCUUGAGGUUUCGAAGUUGGGUUUUGGCUGCAUGGGACUCACAGGUAUUUACAAUGAUCCAGUCCCGGAGGAAGUCGGCAUAUCGAUCAUCACCGACGCGUUCGCCAAGGGGAUAACAUUCUUCGACACGUCGGAUAUAUAUGGACCCAAAAUCAAUGAGAUUCUUGUUGGAAAGGCAUUGAAGAAGUUGCCACGGGAGGAAGCGCAGCUAGCAACCAAAUUCGGUGUGGUGAAACUCGAAGCGGACAAUGUCGUGAUCAAGGGGACGCCUGAAUACGUCCGCUCGUGUUGUGAGUCGAGCCUCAAGCGCCUAGGUGUCGAAUACAUUGACCUCUAUUACGUGCAUCGGAUUGACACAACAGUCCCGAUAGAGGAAACUAUGGGGGAACUGAAGAAGUUGGUGGAAGAGGGAAAAGUGAAGUAUAUUGGCUUGUCGGAGGCUAGCCCCGACACCAUACGGAGAGCGCACGCGGUUUAUCCCAUCACGGCCUUACAGAUGGAGUGGUCGCUCUGGACUCGCGAAAUCGAGCAAGAAAUCGUCCCGCUCUGCAGGGAGCUCGGAAUCGGCAUCGUUCCAUAUAGCCCUCUCGGUCGUGGGUUCUUCGGUGGCAAGGGAGUCACAGAAACUGUGCCCGCAAAUAGUUCUCUGAGAAAUUUUCCUAGGUUUCAAGCGGGGAAUUUGGACAAAAACAAGGUUCUUUACGCUCGAAUGGAGAAGUUAGCGAAAAAGCACAAUUGCACCCCUAUACAGCUUGCACUUGCAUGGGUUCUCCAUCAAGGAGAUGAUGUUGUGCCCAUCCCUGGAACGACGAAAAUUAAGAAUCUCGAUGAUAACAUUGGUUCCUUGAGGGUGAAGCUUACAGAGGAAGACGUGAAAGAGAUCUCAGAUGCUGUACCGAUUGAUGACAUUGCCGGCGAUAGGAUCAAUGAGCACUAUGUCCGCUGCUCGUGGAAGUACGCGAACACUCCCCUGAGAGAUGGGAAACCGUCAGCUUAUUAGAUGUCUUUUGAGUGUGUUGAUGAAGCAUUGUUUGUAUCUCUGCUCUCGUUUGCUCCUUGUAACUGCGGUCAGAUAAUAAAACUCAGAAUAGCUUAAAUAAGAAUAAAAUCAAACAUGGAAAUUCUAAGUUAUUGGCUUCUUUAGUGCUCGUGAAGCAUUUGUCUGCUGGUUUUUCUGCUCUGAUAUAAUAACGUGCCAGAAAUCAAAAUGUCAACGACAUAUAUUCAUUCUACUGUACAGACAAUGAAAAUUCCAUCAAAAAAAAAAGAAAAAGAGCAG